AUGGCGGCAAAUGAGGAUAGAACAGCUAUGUGGCGAACUCCACUCUCUACUCCAGUAAGAAGCAACGAAAAUGGUUUUCAAGACUUGUUUARACAUUCAGAGAAGCUCCUUGCUUCAGCAGUGUCAAUUUGUCGUUUGAAAGGCUCAGUAGAGUGCCAAACUGGCGGAAUUAUUACCGUUUGUGAGGAGAUGCAAAGGUUGCUUCGACUGGCUUUCAAUGAGACUGCAAGACUCGAAAAGGAGCUUAAAAAACAAAAACAAACAUACGACGAAGAUAUUUCAUUUCUAAAAGAAAGAAUCUCAUAUCUUGAAGACAAGAAGGAGAACCCAAACACCAAUAAAGAUAUAAAAACGACUAAAGUGCAUAAUAAUGAAAGGUUACCACUAAAACCCUCAACAACUGAAAACACUAGAGAGGAUGCUCACAGUUCCCAAGAAAAUACAACCAUUGGUAAGACACCAAGUACUGACCUUAAAGUGAWGUCACCUAUAUCCAAGCUACCCAAUCCUACAGACUGUGAGAAAACUACUCCUGAACCAGGUGCACCMAGAACCAGUAGUGAGCAAGUURUACAGUCAAAAGCUCAUGUUAUUGAUGAGGAGCUCAAGAUUGCAGAUUCAGAUGAUGAUUUGUCUUUAGAAGUGUCAGUCUUUGACAUCAACAAAGAAUGUAAGCAAAAAACUACCAGCAGACAAACUUCUAACAGAAAGCCACAUGAUUCCAGUAAAUCUAAAAAGACAUCAGCAAAGAAAAGCACUACUACCUCAUCAAAACCUCAAAGCAACAACAAAAACAAAGAGACCAAAGCAACAGAAAAGAAAGCUAAAGAGACUAAGUCAGCAGAAACGAAAGCUAAAGAGACUAAGGCCACUGAGAAAGCCAAAGGACGCAAGUCAACAGAGAGUAAAGCUAAGAAACACUCAAACUCAAAGAUUGUUGAUGAUGAAGUUGAGAUGUUUGAAGAGCCAAAAGAUGCUGAAUUUGAUGCAAAUGACAGCACAAGCUCUGAUGUAUUCUUGAACCCAGAAUCUGGUCUUUUAGAAAUGAAAGAGAGCUUUGAAUCUGAGGCUAAUGAAGAAGACAUAGAAGAAGAGGUCUUUAAGUGUAACUCUAAAAAGAAGGAAGACCCAGAGCAAGCCACCUCUAMAAACAAGAAUAAAAAGAAAGAACCAAAGGCAAAGAAAGCAACAAAGAAAGAUCCUGUCAAGCAGAAAACAAYAAAAAACAAAACCACAGAAGCAAUUGAUAUUGAAAUUGUUCCUGAAUCUCCAAGGAGUGGACUAUCUAGCUCUCCUMUCAAGCCAACCCCCAUUGACAAGGAAACUGAAAAGCAAGAAAAUGCUUCCRUGCUGAAGACAAGCCCUGGUGUGGUUCCAGACGAACCUGAAGAAGUGCUAGGUGACAUGACCUUUUUGAUUGACAUAAGCUCAAUGAUAUCUUCAUUUGUCAGUAAUUCAGAUUCCAAGCAGCUGGAACUACCAUUGAUGGCAGCCAGAGAACGUGCCGAUGCUAGAAAACUUGCAUCCCUCUUUAACCUUCACAUAAGUAUUGGAAGUAAAUCAGACAACCGUUCCAGUCUAAUCCUUUCUAAGAUGGCCAAUAGUCAGAUGCCUAAGCCUGGAAAGCUUGACAAUCUCUUAAGUAAACUAAGCAUUGCAGCUGCUAAGGAAGCUGAGAGRUUGUCAUCCAAGACAAGGAACAAGCGCAAGUUUUCAACUGUURGURACAGUGCUUCAUUCACUGAGGAAACUAACUCACAAACAAAGAGAAGUGGCAUGUCAAGAAACAAGAAGGCCAAAAUAUAGUAUGACAUUCAUGUGUAACACUGUAUAUAACAUUAGUACUUCUKUGUGCUAAAUGUAUGCGAUUUCAUAGAGCUUAUAGUUUGAACUCAAAUGAACAAUUUCAGGAAGACAGUUUAAGGAGUUUGUAGGUGUAUACUAUACAAUUUUAUAACAUUGCAAAUGAUGAGUUUUAACUCACGCUGCACUCUUUUUGUAUCUUUUUAAAGUGAUUGCGCUCAAUAUUUAAUCAUUCUCUCAUUUUUACUGAUAUUUUAAGAUAUAUUACAAGUGAAAUUUAUAAAUACUACAGCAAAAAGAAUAGGAGUUUUUUUAGUAAUAGCUCUUGUAGACUUAUAAUUAUUACACUGAAAAUAUCUUGUUUUAAACUGUGUGCUAUAACCAGGUAUAAACUCUGUACACAUUUUUGCAGAAAGGAAUACUUUAUUUCAAAACUAUUUUAUAAACAUUUGAUUUAUUACAAAAAUAUUUAGUGAAAAUGCUUCCUUGUAGGUGUUUGACAUAAAAUCAUUCCAAUAAAUUAUCUGAGAACAUCUUGA